AUGAUUCAUAAGGAAUUUCCAACUGGAAUAAAAGGACCUUCUGGCACCAUUCAAGGAAACGUGCAAAGAAGGUGGAUUUGUGAGAAAGAAUCACGUAUUGAUCAAGACCAGAUAAAAGAAACAAUUUUAGCUUCACGAAUCUGAAUAACUAUAAGCUACUUUUUCCCUUCCUUUCCCACCCCUAAUCUCUUCUUUCAUUUUGCCCUUUUUGCCCAUUGCGACCACCUCGUACGAAGGCUUGUCAUCUUCAGGGGAACAGUUUCCGUAAUACCAGCCACUUUGAUAAAAGAUAAUAGAUAAAUUAUUGGGAACCCCGCAGAAAAAGUAUUGAUUCGUUGCUGGCUAUGGGCAAGUUUGGGAAAUAAUACAUUCCCGUCGAAAUGCCACUCCACAAAUGUCUACCUAGUUAUAGUCUAAAUCGUCAUGUUUUUUCAACAGACAAUGGUCAAGGAGUCUAUUUCCUCCAUCCUGUUCCAAGAAGCACAAAUCCUCCUGGAAAUACAACUUUCGCAAAACUGUUACAACAAAAGGGAAGAUGUCAACCGAACAGGAUACCGCUGCUGUAUCAGGUGAGAUCGCUGAUUGAUUGACAGUUUUGAUUGAUUGGGAAUAUAUAAAAGAGCAACUUCCUUAGAUUAGCCUAAUUUUGUUUGUUUGUUUGUGUGUUUGUUUCUGUUUUGUUUUGAUUUAUGGUUAGUUUGCUUUUUUUUGCUUUUUGUUUUGCUCAUUGUUGAUGUUGUUUUCUUUUUGUGUGUGUGUGGCAGGGUUUAAGGGACCUCUUUCCAUUUGAUAUUGGUCUUCCUUGUUUUCGUUCUUUUGGACGCUUGAAGGUUGGACAGCCGGUAAAUAAUUUUGUCUGAUCAUUCAUGAGCACUAUUUAGAAUAGGUAUUCUCAUCUCUUGAUAUAUCAUGUUUAACGUCAUCUGAAAUAUGAAAAUACAGGCGCAUCUAAUCCAGGAUCUUCAACAACUGUGUUCAUACCAACCAUGGUAA